CAAAUCGCACGUCAAAGCGCUACAAACACAUUCGGGAAAGCGAUAAAAUAGGAAGGGCUUAGCAACAAUUUGCGGUUCAGGAAGUUCGAAACCGCUACGUUUGCAAAACGGCAAGGGAGUAGAGAGGAUAGAUGGAAAAAAAACUACCCGGUUAACCCUUGAACUGCGCUCCUCUUGUCCUUUUCUGCACAAUAAGUCACAAGACCUACCUCCUUUAAUAUCGCGGACGACGUGGAGGUGUCAGGCUGGACGGUUGUUCUAGGAGUUCGUCUCCGGUUUAGUGUUUUGUUGUAGAUCCUCUUAACUGCAUUAAAGGUACAAACGGACAGAGAAAGUUUGACAAGAUAAGCAGUCUUUCAGCUGACAUCCCACACAGCCUUGAGUAGACCAUGACCUCCGUGCACUUCAGCCCUGGGCUGCAACCUUCCGAUGCCAAUGGGGCAGUUGACAAGAUGGAGAACGCUAAAGUGGAAAUUGAGGAUGGAAAGGACUUCCAAAAGGAAGAAGAUACUCUGUGCAACAAGAUCAGGACGAUGAUAGCGCCAUUCGUUAUGUCCUUCGGGUUUCGUAUAUUUGGCGCGGUUCUCAUCGUGUUUGACAUAGUGCUGGUGAGCGUGGACUUCAGCCUGAAGAAAGAGAGCCCGGCCAAAGAUGUGCUGCAAAGCCUGUCCCUCGUCAUCUCCAUCUUCUUCCUGGUGGACGUCCUCCUCCGUGUCUACGUGGAAGGGUUCAAGGUGUAUUUCAGCUCCAAACUGAACAUCAUUGACGCCUUUAUUGUGGUGAUCACCCUGGGGGUGUCCAUAAUCUACACCAUUUUAGACAUUAUUGGCGACCGCAACGAUCACAGGGGGCCCAAAGGGCUGUUAUUCCUGCGCAUUCUGAGGAUCAUCAUCCUGAUCAGGGUGUUCCGGCUGGUGUCCCAGAGGAAGGAGCUGGAGAAGGUCACCCGGAGGAUGGUCUCGGAGAACAAGCGACGCUAUCGUAAGGAUGGGUUUGACCUUGACCUGACCUAUGUCACGGAUCGUGUGAUUGCCAUGUCUUUCCCUUCCUCUGGGAAACAAUCCUUCUAUAGGAACCCCAUACAGGAGGUGGCGAAGUUCCUGGACACCAAACAUGAAGACCACUACAGAGUGUACAACCUCUGCAGUGAGAAGGGCUACGACCCGCAGUUCUUCCACUACCGGGUCGAGAGAGUGUUCAUCGACGACCACAAUGUUCCCUCUCUGGAAGACAUGCUGAAGUUCACCGCAGACGUGAGGGAGUGGAUGGCUGCUGACUCCAGGAACAUCAUCGCUAUUCACUGCAAAGGAGGGAAAGGGCGCACGGGAACUCUGGUGUGCACGUGGCUGAUUGACAGUGACCAGUUUGAGAGUGCACAGGAGAGCCUGGACUACUUUGGGGAACGGAGGACGGACAGGAGCCAGAGUUCCAAGUUCCAAGGCGUAGAGACUCCCUCGCAGAGCCGGUAUGUAGGCUAUUACGAGGUGAUGAAGAACAAGUUCGACAGACAGCUUCCUCCUCCUCAGAGACUCAAGAUGAAGAGCAUCCGCAUUCACUCCAUAGCAGGUGUGGGACGAGGUGAUGGCAGUGACCUUAGGGUGAAGGUCAUUCUAAAGAAGGAGCUGGUGUUUAAGUGCGUGUGUGCCAAACAGGAAGGCUGCACUGUGUUUCCUGACGUAGGCAGCAACAGUGUGGUCAUAAGUCUGCAGGAGGGCCCUUUGGUGGAUGGCGAUGUUAAAGUCAUGUUUGAAUCUAGUGCUGGUCUGCCUAAAGGAUAUGAAGACUGCCCCUUCUACUUCUGGUUCAACACCUCCUUUGUAGAAAAUAACAAGUUGUACCUUUCCAGGGAGGAGUUGGACAACCCUCACAAGGCCAAGACCUGGGCCCUCUACAAGGAAGACUUUGGCGUCACACUGCUCUUCUCAGAGUCUGAAUAACAAGGUGUUCUCUCCAACACAAGAACUGUCUCUAGUUUGGAUCCAGAGUCGUCUACCCCCAUGAAGUAUGGAUGUGCACUGUUAUGCUUGCAAUCAAAGCAAAAUUAAAGUAUACUAGAAUUUUUUUGUAAUUAAAUCCAAAUAUAUUGUAUGCUAAAACAAGUAGUGUCAUUGAGAAGAUAUGUAAAAGACCACUUUGAAGCACUGUACAUUUACUUGUCCAAAGACUAAAGUAAAAUGUAAUAGCCUCAGUGACUACUUGACUGAUUUGUGUGCAUUGGUCUUGUGAAUCUUCAAUAAC